AUGGGUGUCAUUUCCACUCAUCCGGCUAUCUUGCUGCUGAUCAUUUCUUUAGGUCAGAGCCGCGGUAACAUCGACGUGCGGUUCAUCGCGCCGAGCGCUGCUUUCGAAGGCGAACGGUUUGUUUCCUUCUUCAGGGAAUACCAAACGACGGAGGAUCGACGCUCGUACCUGCAAGCAGCCCGGGAGCAAGGAUAUACCUGCUCGAUGCUCGAGCAUAACUACCAGGAGGCUGUCGGCCUUUUCUGCGCCAAGACCCCCACGACAACCUAUACCGAUGUCCCAAAGAGCGCGAAAGGUCUCCGAGCUACUCUGGCCAACGUCAGUCUUCGAGCUUGGUUACCAAGCUUGCUCUGCCCGACGCGGAUGACCGACGAACUUAGCGUUGACAACAAUGACUACGACGAUACGAUCGACCACAAGGCUUGUUGCGAGGCGGUCGAGGAAGCUUUGGCGACCCAGCUGUUUGCCGAGGCGACUCUGGUGUACGACGGCGAAAAAAACGUCAUGAGAGCUACCGUGGACGAGGUGCCGUGGCUAAAGGUGCUCCAGAAUUUCGUGGGGCCGAGGGUUGCGUCCAACUUCCACCCCUUGGACUGUUCCAUGGCUUCUAUCGCUCUCGCUUCCGAGCAUGCCAAGAUUCAGCUGUUACCGGCCCUUCGAACCCUUGCCGGCCAGAACCAACCUCUUUCAUCAACAGCGACAAUCGCAAACGUUGCUCUAGAUGGUGCCGGAGGUAAAAACUCCGUAUCCUCACGGAGCAUCGCCAUCAUGAAGCAAUUUUCAUCAUCACCGGUUCCUGACGAAGAAAUCGAAUCGCCAACGACAAAUGACAGCAUUUUCGCCACAAACAGGCAAGCUUUAUCAUCGGUGUCUUCGUCGGCGAUGCCUUCUGCCGGGCGGAUUGAGAGUCUCCUCGCCCUACUCGGCGGUGGACACGAACGCAGUGGCAUGGGCAUAACGCCACCUUUUCUGCAUAUGAAGCACCCUAUGCCACAAGGGCGCGUGAGCGGCGGAGUGGUGAAAUUUGCGGUCGAGGUUUUCCUGGGAGCGGCGCUGAGGACGAGUCUGCUCGCAGCAGCCACCACCAACGACGGAAGCAGCAGCAGCGGAAGCGGAUACAGGAGGGUGGGGGGGGAUAAGGGGAUGGAGCCACCGCUUUCUGAUUAUGAUCGAUGCGUCAUUCGUGCGGUUGUGGAUGGCUCAACCUCUUCCACCAUCCCCAUUGACACAGCGGAUGUUUUCAACAAUGACGGCGAAACCGCUGUGGUCAUGCAGACGGCCAUUAUCCCAACUUACGACCAAAAUCCCCGCUGCAGUGAGCACCCAGCAAAGGCGUCGGCGGGGUGGAGUGCCUGGGCCCAAAACGAAGACGUAUGGCGCGUUGACGCCAGGGCUGUAGACAGAGUUUGCACACGAGAGGCGUUCGGUGCACACCACAUCCACGGCGAGCUGGCGUGUCGCCGGUACCAGCACGGCUACGGAAAGCCCAACCAGUUAAGAACAGAACCGAUCGUCCAGGGCAAUGCAAACGAGGGGGAAAGGGGAUCGUCGGCGCCAUCCCCACGAUUGGAAUCGAAUAUGGAGGCGCCGGCAUGGGAAGUGUUGGCGACUUCUGCAAUGGUCGAAUAUUUCCACACGGGCCACCUGGCGGAUAUUCUGUCAUCGUCUCCUUGGGUAGCACCGUCGGGAGGAGAAAGUCGUGACAACAAGGGCAAACACAAGAGCGACGGUUCGAAAGUCUCGAAUCCGCUUUUCGAUUCGCCCCCGGAAGAGAUUUCUGUAACGCUUUAUCUCGAAAGUGACCCCGAUGAGACCUUCGUGGUUGUGGCCGUACCCAGGUGGCUCUCGGAUGGAGAGGUAUGGGAGGCGGCGUUCGGCACUUGUUCAAAGGCUUUCGGACCGUUCCAAGGAUACCUAGUCAACGUUAACGACUGCGUCGAUUUGGUCACCAGCGCGAUCACGGCUAAGAGGGUGGACCUAUUCAACAUCAUGUCACAACCAUUAAUAGCCUACUUGAGGAGCGUAUGCCCCAGCUACAACUUCGAGGGACAUACGGGUGGGUUUCUGCAGAAAGUCGAAGCCCUUGGAGCGUUGUGGCGGGACGGCGGCGAUCGCGUGAAAAAGAUUUGCGAGGUGAAUGAAGAACCCUCCUUUUUGAUGAGGUUCGAUCUGGGUGAUCUGAUUUUCGGUAUCAAGGUGGGCUUUAACGCUGGGCACAGCUCCCUCAACUGGCUGCUUCACUCGCACCCUUCGACCAAGAUCUUGGCCUUUGAUUUGGGCGAACACCAAUACAUGAAGCACGCCCUCGACUACAUGCAGGUACUAAUCGGAGAUUCUUCUGUGACCAUCCCGGCAUACGUGGUGGCAGAAGAUGCCGCUGGCAGAGAACCUCAAGCAUGCAACAUCCUUUUCGUCGAUGGCGAUCACAGCGAAGGCGGUGCCUACGCCGACCUUGUCAACUUCCGGGUGUUGGCUAGCAGGUGA